CGGCGCAAGAGAGGCAGAUGCCCUGAGGCGUGCGGGGCCGUCCGCCGCCAUGCUGUUCCGCUUCGGCGUGGUGCUGCCGGCCCGCAUGACGGAGGGCGGCGGCGCGCUCCUGGUGGCCGGCUCGCGGCCGGAGAUGGGUCACUGGGACCCGCAGCGCGCCGUGCCCAUGAAGCCGGCGCGGCCGACCGCCCCGCUCUCGGCCCAGGAGCCCGCGCUGUGGCUGGCGGAGGUGGAGCUGCCGGGAGCCGACGUCUCCGGCCCCUUUUGGUACAAGUUCCUACGGUGGCAGGGCGGCGACCUCCUCUGGGAAGGUAAUGGGCCCUGUCAUGAUCGAAGUUGUGUUUACGACCAGAGCAACAUAGUAGAUGGAGUUUACUGUGUACCGAUAGCACAUUGGAUUGAAGUCUCUGGACAUACUGAUGAGAUGAAACAUACAACUGACUUCUAUUUUAAUAUUGCAGGACACCAAGCUAUCCAUUACUCCAGAAUUUUGCCAAACAUCUGGCUGGGAAGUUGCCCUCGACAGCUGGAGCAUGUGACCGUCAAGCUGAAGCACGAGCUGGGUGUUACGGCUGUGAUGAACUUCCAGACCGAAUGGGACAUUGUUCAGAAUUCCUGGGGCUGCAACCGCUACCCGGAACCCAUGAGCCCUGAGAUCCUCAUGAAACUGUAUAAAGAGGAGGGUCUGGCCUAUGUCUGGAUGCCAACCCCAGACAUGAGCACCGAAGGAAGAAUACAGAUGUUGCCACAAGCUGUCUGCCUCUUGCAUGGGCUAUUGGAGAACGGACACACUGUCUAUGUUCAUUGCAAUGCUGGCGUUGGCAGGUCUACAGCUGCUGUCAGUGGCUGGCUAAAGUAUGUGAUGGGAUGGAGCCUAAGGAAAGUGCAGUACUUUUUGGCUUCCCGAAGACCAGCUGUCUACAUAGAUGAGGAAGCUCUGAAUCGUGCUGAAGAUGAUUUCUACCAAAAAUUUGGACGUCUUCAUUCCUCAUGCAAAAUACAAGAGUAGAAAAGCAGAAGAGGAAAGGAAGAUGAAGAGGAACCCCUAGAUUUGAACCCCAAGGACAUCAUUCCUUCCCAAGGAAAUCAUGAGUCAGACUGUCCUCUUCAGGUUAUAAACUUGUCAAAAGAGUCAUGAGAAUUUUGUUUAAAAAGUGCCUUUGAGGGGUUUUUAUUUGCUUUCUUUAAGGUGACAUGCUUCAUGUUUUCAAGCCUUUUUCUGCAAGUAUAAGGCCUAGACACUCUACAAAGGGAAAUGAAGAUUUUUCUUUUAACUGCUUGCCUACAGGAACUAAAGUUUUAAGGUAGUAAGAUGUGAGGUGAAAUAAAGUUGGAAAUAUUUUAGUGACAAGAAAGAGAAGGCAUUCUCAGAAAAACAUACAAAGAUUGACUGAAUUAAGGUUCAGGUUAGGAUGAAGUUGAUCAUCAUCAAAGCUGCUCAGUUAUUUUAGGUGCAGGGUAUAUUAUUGAGGUGUUUUCUAGUGAUUUUGUAGACAAGUGGUUUUAAUGAGAAAUGAAACUGAUUUUUUAACUCGAUUUCUUAAACAAAAAUCUGAUGUCUAAUGCAGCAAACUAGAAUCUGCUCUCCUGGACUAUCUAGUUAAUGUUAAAAAUUUUAAAUUACAGCUGUAUUCUUUUAGGGCAGUCAGGUUAUGCUGAGAUGUGGCAUGAAAAGAGGAAACAGCUCCAGUUGCUGCAGUCUUACUCUGUUACAGCGAACAACUAGAAUUCAUUACAUUAUCCUAGGCUGUGUUUUGCUCUUCUGGUCCAUGCAGUGCUGUGCAUUGGCCUCCUUAGUUGACAAGUCAAUCUAAUCCACAAUGGCUGGACUAAAAUUGGACCUACAGGAGGAACUGCAUGAUAAGCCUCAGCACAUAAUUGACACCAGAGCUUCUGUGUUGUUGACAUAAAUUAAUUCCUUCACUACAUCAAAAGUCUCUUCUCACACAAGCAAUAUGUGUGUGUUCACAGAUCCUAGAUUUAGCUGAUUGAAGCUAGUGCUGGGCUAGGUCAAGAGUGAAUGAAAUGAAUGCAUUCCUCUAUAGGAGCAAAGAGCAGCCCUGAGGAAGGUUUCUCAGGAGCUUAGCCUCAGGAGGCUAAUGUUGACUGUACGGAUGAUGCCCAAGGCUUCCCAGUGCUGCUUAGUCCCUUAGCUAAACCAAGCAGUGGCACCAACAGUUUUCAGCCCUGCUCAAGUAAAAUCAAUUUUCUCUAGGUUAAAUCCAAGAGAGAAUGGAGAGGAGAGAGGAGGGAAGAAUCCUAACAGUCCCAAGAAGUAAAAUAUUAAGGGUGCAUAGACAUAAAGAAACCUAAUAACUCUAGGUUUAUUCUUCAAUGAAGUCUCAUUUUUCCAGGCAACUUGUUCCUCUAAAGAUCCAGUUGAUGCCAGAGUAAUUUAGCUGAUAUAUAUUGAUUUUCAGAAUACUUAAUAGAGAAACUAUUAGAUAUUAACUGUUUAUAGAGAAUGUCUAAAAUAAUAUGUUUUCU